AUGACGGGCCCUGGUCACCAAAUUUAUUAUAACAAUAACACAAAUGAUUCGAAUUCAGACCAGAUUGUAAAUCCCAGUCCAAACUCCAAUUCAAACACUCAAUAUACCAACCAGCAAUCUGGCCUGCCACUUGAACCAUUACAUUCCAUCCUGUAUCACGUAUACCCUAACUCAAGACUCAAGAAUACAUUUAAUGAGCCUAACUUUACGUUCCAACAAAUGUAUCAAUCAUCAUCACAACCGCAAGAGUAUUAUAAUAAUGAAUACCCGACACUUAUCAACCAAAGCCCAUUACCACUUAGUCUGAAUAUCCCUCCAUCCGUUGAAGCUCAAGGUCAAAUGAUAGGCUUGCAACAAAGUCAACCAAGUAAUUAUUCGGGUACAAAUGUGCUUUUUCAAUCAUCGACAGAUGGUGCAGUGAGAAAUAGGCAGUCUCAGACGACAAGAGUUUCCCACUCGCCACAAUCUUCUAAUAGUACUCAUCUGAGGAAUUCUUCUGCAAGUACCAAGCGACAUAGUUUUGAUAACCUGGAAUUUGUGAAGCCAGAUAAGCCUCGUAUUGCCACCACAUUUUGGGAAGAUGAGAAAACAAUCUGUUAUCAGGUGGAGGCUCAAGGCAUUCUCGUUUCCAGAAGAGAAGAUACUAAUUAUGUUAAUGGUACUAAGUUGUUGAAUGUUGCUGGUAUGACAAGAGGUAAAAGGGAUGGAAUUUUGAAAACUGAAAAAACUAAAACCGUUGUCAAAGUUGGUGCGAUGAACCUUAAAGGAGUAUGGAUUCCUUUCGAUAGGGCUUCAGAAAUCGCAAGGAACGAAGGAAUUGAUGGAUUAUUAUACCCAUUGUUUGUUAAAGAUUUGAAAAGUUUUUAUCAUGAAAAGGGUUCAAUGCUAAGGCACGACAGUUACUUGAAAUCUUUAAACUCUGAAAAUCUAAGUAAUAUUACUUUAUCAGAUGUCAGCCUGCCAACCAUUCAAAGUGCCAUUAUUCCGUCAAGCAACAAUAAUUCUCAUGAUAAGGAUAUUAAAAGCGUCGAGCAUCAUGAAUACUUCGAAGAAAAGUCCCCCUCUCCUAAAGAUUUAAAGGCAGGGAAUGCAUAG